UUUGCGGCGCAGGUAUUUUAGCCGGAAGAAUUUAAGAACCGUGUCACUUCCGGAGAUACCGGAAGUUAUUUGAAAAUGGCAUCCUCCACGGGAGGCAGUCCUGCUGUGGGAGCCUCUGGCAUUAAGAAAAAAGAAUUUCGAAGCCACAAGCCGGGUACAGAAAACCGAGAUGAACCAGAACUCCUUACUGUUCCUGAUGGUUGGAAAGAACCAGCUUUUUCUAAAGAGGACAAUCCCAGAGGACUUUUGGAGGAAAGCAGUUUUGCAACUUUGUUUCCAAAAUAUAGAGAGGCUUACUUGAAAGAGUGCUGGCCUUUGGUGCAGAAAGCCUUGAAUGAACAUCAUGUUAAUGCAACCCUGGAUCUGAUUGAGGGCAGUAUGACUGUGUGUACUACAAAGAAGACUUUUGAUCCAUAUAUUAUUGUUAGAGCCAGAGACCUAAUAAAACUGUUAGCAAGGAGUGUUUCAUUUGAACAGGCAGUACGAAUUCUUCAGGAUGAUGUUGCAUGUGAUAUUAUUAAAAUAGGUUCCUUAGUAAGAAAUAAAGAGAGAUUUGUAAAAAGAAGACAACGGCUUAUUGGUCCCAAAGGAUCUACAUUAAAGGCAUUGGAACUCUUAACGAACUGUUACAUCAUGGUUCAAGGAAACACAGUUUCAGCUAUUGGGCCUUUUAGUGGCUUAAAGGAGGUUCGAAAAGUAGUCCUAGAUACCAUGAAGAAUAUUCAUCCAAUUUAUAACAUUAAAACCUUAAUGAUUAAACGAGAAUUAGCAAAAGAUUCUGAAUUACGAUCACAAAGUUGGGAGAGAUUUUUGCCACAGUUCAAACACAAAAAUGUGAACAAACGCAAGGAACCAAAGAAGAAAACUGUUAAGAAGGAAUAUACACCAUUCCCACCACCACAACCAGAAAGUCAGAUUGAUAAAGAACUGGCUAGUGGUGAAUACUUUUUGAAGGCAAAUCAGAAGAAACGACAGAAAAUGGAAGCAGUAAAGGCUAAACAAGCAGAAGUUCUUACUAAGAGACAAGAGGAAAGGAACAAAGCAUUUAUUCCACCUAAAGAAAAGCCAGUUGUGAAACCAAAGGAAGCUUCUACUGAAACUAAAAUUGACGUGGCAAGCAUCAAAGAAAAGGUUAAGAAAGCAAAGAUGAAGAAGCUGGGAGCUCUUACAGCUGAGGAAGUUAAGCUUAAGAUGGAAGCAGACGAAAAGAAAAACAAGAAAAAAUAACAUAAAAAACUGAACUAGAAGCCAGACACCAGUGGCUCAUGCCAGUAAUCCUAGCUCCUCCAGUGGCUGCAUUCUGAGGAUCAUGAUUUGAAGUCAG